UCACACGGCGCGAUUCACUUGAAGUCCUGGGGAACCGAAAGUGUGACAGAAACGUAUCAUGUACUUUAUUUUGUGUUUAGAAACACAGCGCCGCAUAAUUGACUUCAUUACACGAGACAGGACACGCUUCAAAGGUUUCGCGGUGUCCACCGUUUUGAGGAUGUGCUCCCUGGCGUUGUUUCCUCCUCCGCUGCCGCCCGGACAGACCACUCUGUGCGAGUCCAACAACGAGCUGCUGUCAGGAGGAGCCACCGAGGACCGACUCAAACAGGAGUCUAGUCCUCUGAGUUUGUAUUUCCCCCGAGAGUCUCUGAAGCUCCACAGUCGCACAGAAAGCAGCAGCAAGGCGGCCUUCCUAGACCACUCUGAGACACUGUGGAUGAGGAGUGCAGCAGCAUGGCGGGAUGGCGGUUUCACAGGACUGCUGGAAGAAAUUACCAACUCAAAUACAGAGGUGCCUAAAUGGCUGUCGGUGAUUUCUGGUUGCAACCUGGCGUUGCUCCGAUGGUUCUCGUCCUUUCACGGCUCCCUGUUUCCUCACCUCACAAUGAGCAGUGAGGACAUGCUUGCCGAAUUUUCGCAAGUGUUGAACUGGUCUGACUGUGUGGUGCGAGCCUUUGCCUGGCAUCCUCAUACAGAUAAAUUUGCAGUAGCACUACUGGACGACUCCAUUAAGAUCUACAACCCCAAAAGCGCCACAACUCCCACACUGAAGCACCGUCUACAGAAGAGUGUAGCAGCAGUGCAGUGGAAGCCGCUGUGCGCGUCUGCCCUCGCCGUUGCCUGUCAAAACUGUUUACUGGUCUGGCACGUGGAUCCUUGCUCACUGUCAACCAGGCCGUCGUCUGGUUGUGCUCAAGUUUUGUCUCAUCCCGGUCACUCUCCCGUCACUUCCAUCGCCUGGUCUCCGAGCGGAUCCCUCCUCGCGUCGGCCUCGCCUACGGACACUGCAAUGAUGAUUUGGGAUGUAGCCUCAGAAAGUUGCGUGCCACUUCAGCGUGUUGGAGGAGGAGGUGUCACCUUCUUGUCCUGGUCCCCUGAUGGCAGCCAUGUCCUGUCUUCGACACCGUCUGCCCUGUUCAGGGUUUGGGAGACCAGGAUGUGGACCUGUGAGCGCUGGCCGUGUUUAAAAGGGCGCUGUCAGUCCGGCUGUUGGAGUCCAGAUGGGAGUCGACUUCUGUUCAGCGUACAGGGAGAGACGGUCAUCUACGCUCUGACCUUCACUGAUUAUCCAGCAGGCGUACCAACAUGUACAUCAAAAGGGCCACAGGCUGCAGCAGUGGUGGCCGACCUAUCAGAGACAACCUUCAACACACCAGAUGGAGACAUCAUUGUCGGAGGAGAGAUCCAGUCUAUAGCCUGGGACCCGACAGGAGAGAGGCUCGCAGUGCUUCUCAAAGGUGAUCCUCAAGCAGCAGGUCGGCCUGCGAUCAUAGCCGUGUUCAAGACCAGAACCAAACCCAUAUUUGAGCUUUUGCCUUGUGGUUUUGUUCAGGGUGAGCUUGGUGCCGAGCCGAGACUGAUGCAGUUCCACCCAAACUUUCAUCACGGAGCUCUGCUCACUGUGUGUUGGUCCAGUGGAAGAAUUACCCACGUGCCUUUCUACUUCCUGAGUGCUGGCGUCCCCCAUGUUGGUCUCGGCAACAGUCCAUCACCACUACGCCGUGAAGAACGGCCUGCAGACUUUGCCAAUCGGUCGCUCUUCACAGAACUCAUUCAUGACUGACGCUCACCAACUAUCACACGCUCACAAGACUUUGUUGUUAUCAUGGAUUGUCAAUAAACGUGUAAAGUUCA